AUGACUCUGUUGAGCAUUCUACCAACAGAGAACCAUUCUUUUAACUUUUUGACACUGUUUGGCUCACCAGACAAGCCUUGGAGUCCCAUCUCAACAGCAAACGGUGAUAAUGUUUGCAAGGCUCUAUCGUUUGAUGAGGGGAGGUUUAGUGUCGCGCGGUUUUACAACGGGUGCCGUUGCCACCGCAGUAGACGUGCAAUGGCAAAGCUUCGCGUGGUCUACAUUUGCAUUAUCGUCGGCGUUGUGUUAUCGUUUGUAUACGUCAAUCUGAUGUCCAAUAUGAACAACGCCAGUAAAUGGCAUUCAUUCUUCGAGAAGAAACCUGCUAUAAGACAAUUUAACAGUUCAAGCUUGGAACAUACCUUUGACAAGUGGAUCGUGGUGACGACCAUCUUCUCUCCCACGGAUGACGUCAAGUUUCUAGCUAAAAUACCCGGAUGGAAAGUCGUCGUCGUCGGAGACAGAAAAACACCCCGACACUGGAGCAGUCCUAACUGUAUUUUCCUAGACCUCGAGACACAACAGCAGCUUGGCUUUGAGAGUGUCGCACUUCUUCCUACCGGAAGCUAUGCCCGGAAGACAAUCGGAUACCUUUACGCCAUUGCUAGAGGUGCCAAAGUCAUUUACGAAACCGAUGACGACAAUCGACCUAUUGACCUUCUAAGAAACUUUAUUCUACAGCCGCAGACAUCAGGUAUUAUGUUUGAUGGGGAGCAUCUGUUCAAUCCGUACCGCCAUUUCGGCCAGCCGACGUUGUGGCCGAGAGGUUAUCCUCUGAACGCCAUCGGAGACAACGUCUCUUACAACUACAUCCUGCAGACGUGGAAAACUCCUUCCAUCCAACAGGGACUAGUGAACGGCGAUCCGGAUAUGGAUGCUAUUUUCAGACUGACUCGGAAGAAGACGCUGAAGAUGUUGAAUGUAACCUUUGACAUGCGGGCGCCCCCUGGUGUUGUACCAGCAGGCGUCUUUUCGCCUUUCAACUCCCAGAACACGCUGUUUCUCUACGACGCACUGUGGGCCUUGCUUAUUCCCACAACAACAACGUUCAGAGUGUGUGAUAUCUGGAGAGGCUACUGGGCGCAGCGUCUUCUCUGGGAAAUGGGAGGAACUCUGGGAUUCCUUCCACCAAACGCUUUCCAGAAACGAAAUUCGCAUUCAUACCUUGACGAUGCUGUUCAGGAAAAAGAUCUGUACUUUGAAACAACGAGACUUGUGUUGUUCUUGAAACAAUGGAACUGCCACCCAAAAGCAAACUUCUUUACCUGCGUGCUAACCCUCAGUCAAGAUAUGGCUAAUAAUAAUUUUUGGAAGCAAGCUGAUGUCCUGUUAACUGAAACCUGGCUCAGAGAUCUGCAAAUGGUUGGGUAUCGAGAACCGGAGCGAGUCCAGGCAAAGUAUCAAAAUGGCAGCUUCUAUUCUCCAAAGGGAUAUAGCGAUAGACAAACUGUUGUAGAUUUCUGGCCCGUUGAGCAGAAGCUGCCCAUAGCGCACACGACGGACAAAUAUGACUCCAAAUGGAACCAUGUUCGUUCCAUUUCCAGUUUUUGUCCAGAAACAUCUCUAAAGCUACCCAAAUACGCAUUACAACAAACUUCGUCUACUUAUUCCAACAUUCUUCUCAUAAUAGUGUUUAACUUUGCACAUUACGAAAACGUUAAGUUGUUGGAAAUUAUUUACAGCAUGCAUUUCCCACAAAGACUGUAUUGCGGUCCUGGGUUAAGUAACUUCAGACACGUCACACGACCUCUUAAAACGCACGUCACCUUCAUAGAAGUGGAUAUUGGAAAAGGGUAUUUUGGACAAGUAUGUAUGAUGAAGGCCAUGACCAUGAACUACCGAGUGGAUGGAUACCUGCAUGUCGGAGACGACACAUUAAUGAAUAUCUGGAAUCUAAACUCACUUCCGGUUGAUGCAAUAUGGUCGUCGUCUUUACUUGUGUUGCUGAGGACAUCCGGGAAGUCAACUAAUUGGUACUGGACGAAUUCAGAGUUUGGCAAGAAAGCUUAUCUGUCGUCAAUGAGCGAGUUUAAGCAGCUGGACAAAGCUCGGUACAACGCCUUCAAACAGACGUUAAACGCCAACACAAAAUUGUCGGACGGAUUUUACCACCAACCAUCUGACAUUGUUUACAUCCCAACCCGUUUGAAAGAGCACUUUAUUUUCAUCAAUCGGAUAUUUGCGGUCGCCAGAUCACCGGUCGGUUUCCGGCAGGGCGGGGCCCUAGCGACGUAUCUACUGGAUUGCCACGACCUAAAAUCGCGCUUGGAAAAUCGCAGAUUUGGGAGUCAGGUUUUCACGCCCGCGGGGUUCGGGCGACCCCUAAAAAUCGCAGAGGAGCCAGUAGAAAUCGGGCAGCGGCCGGCCGGACGCCUCGCGAAAAUGCCCUUUUUGGCCUGUUUUAGGAGUCGCGCGGGCGUCACGACCGAUAUAUGA